AUGAAUCUCAACUCUGCACAACAAUCCUUUCUCAAUCCUCUUGUACAACAACAUGCUUCUGCUUUGCAUCGAUCGUCAUCGUCUUCUUCUACUCCAUCAUCACUACCAGUAGCAAAUGGUAGACUCUUUGCAUUUCCAGCAGCAGCUUCAUCGUCCACCCUGAAUACGAGCAUGGAUGAAUUGAAUCAAUACAAUCAAGCAUUGAAUGCUUUGCAAUCCAUUGAGAGUCAAUUUGAUUUGAACGUGGAAGAAUUUCUGAAUGAAGAUGAUGUGGAUGAUGCUACCACCACAACGACCUCCCACCAGCACGCCAACACUGCCGGAGUGAUCAACAAUAAUACUCCGAGUGGUAUGAAUAAUCAUCACAUCAUGACGGGAGGAGGUGAUGGCUUGUUCUUUGACAACUCUUCUCUCUAUCAGCAGACAUCCUCACAGAACGCAUCUCAAGCAAGUACACAUCAAUUAUUGCAAAAUGCACACAACACAGUCAUGCAGCAUAACAAAUUGUUGCAGACUUAUCUAAACAGCAUGGGGCAACAACAGAGACAAAAUGUUUCAUUGCAACAACAACAAGGAGUUGCGUCUCAAACAAAUUCUCAAACGAUGAGCAUGCCAAGAACAUCCAGUUUUAAUCAAUUGACCAACUUAAACCUAAGCUCACCACAACCAAAAGUAAGCAGUUCAUUGAAUGCAUUCGACACUCUUGUGCCUUCAUUUAAUGGUGUCGCACAAAGCACAACACCAAAGGCAACCUCAAGCAAUCCAUCCUCUUCCUCUGCAACGCAACAAAAAAGUUCAAGUGCCUCUUCGUCAACCACUUCAUCCUCAUCUUCUCCUUCGAUGCAAUUCUUUUCCACACUAGAUAAGGGAAUUCAUUCUGUACAACAAGUUAUUAUGAAUGGUGGAAUCACAAGUGUACAAGUUUGGUCUAACUGUUUGAUGCAACUAAUUCCCAUCUUAAAAGUGAUGGAUGAUACAAUACCCGAUACGAUCAUUGGAGGAAAAUCAGUGUCAAAUAGAAAGAAAACUCCUCUUAAUGUUUCUAUCGAAGUUUCUCUCGAUAGAUUUAGAAUGCUAGUAAGCACAAUUAUUAACAUGAUGAGACAAAGAAAUUCACUAUUGGAAAAAGAAGGUGCAGCGUUUUGCCAAGUCAGCGAAAAGUUAAGCUUAAUAGUGAAUUUGGACGAUUUGCGGGCUAAAAUUCAACGUAAUGAGAUUGCCUUUAGUGACGACUUGUGGCGAGCAGAUGUGACGCUAUUAAUGAGCAAUCAAGAACAAGAUAAAGGUCUCACACGAGAUAAAGCAAAAAAGAAAAAGAAUGAGAAUUUAAGAGAAGGAUUCUCUGUAUUCAGCAAUCCAGAAAAUCCAGCCACUACCAUUAUCCAAUAUGCUCCAAUCAAAGCAGGUGUUGUCUCUAACAACAAGAAAAAUUGUCAAUUGAGAUACAAACUUUGUUAUGACAAUUGGCUUGUGUACUAUGUUGAUUCUACCAAGUUAUUUGCCAUCAAUUGUGGUAAGAACACAAAAUCAAAGAAAAAAUCAUCCAAGUCAACAGAGGAUGACACUGGAAAAGAUUUGGAUGAAGAAAUGGAUGGAGUAUCGAAUGAUGAACAUUCUCCACCUUCGCCACAACUUCCAGUUGCUAAUCAACAAGAAAAGUCCUCUCUUUCAAGAUCUGCUUCCACAGCUUCUCUGGGUUCAUCUGUUUCAUCGAGUACGGAACGGCCGUCAACGAUUGCUGUCGCAUCGAACGGAAGUUUUGUUGUCUCUCCAAAAUCUGGCUCUAAUGCUGGAGGCUAUUUCAUAUUCAUUCAAUGUACUUUUGAUAGUAGAUUAAUAACGGACCUUCAGGAAGUUAAGGUCUUUCUUGGAGAUCAAGAAGCAGAAAUUCGUCAAAUUAAUCAAAAUGCUAUUUUCAUUGUUGCUCCAAAAACUCAAAUGAAAGGCGUAGUCCCAAUUGAGAUUAGAACCAAUAAUUUUACAGUUUCCAAUCCAAAUGAUCUGAAAUUUGAAUUUUUAGAUGACGAAGCAAAUUCCAACAUUUUAGUGGAUGUGAACGAAAAAAAGAGAAAAUUCGAUGCUUGUUGUGAUGUGGUUGAGGUCAAUAGCGUAACAAGCAGCAGCACUCAUGGAUCCAAUUCAAAUUCAAACACAUUCAACCCAUCGAUCGUGAGUAACUGUGCUCCAUCAUCUAGCAUGACGAAGGAGAAGAAGAAAAAGAAGAGAAAGGAAGUACUUACACCUUAUCGACGUGAAUGGGCAAUUGUUAUUGCCAUUGACAAGUACCAUCACAAUGGACUUCUUCAUGAGUCCUCGGCAUCAUCCGUACACGACGCGAUGAACUUGGCUAAUAUUUUGACCAAGAUUUAUGGCUUUGAAGUUCGAUUACUUCUCAAUGAGGAGGCUACUUGGGCCAAGGUUAAUCAACUAUUUGUUUCUCUUGCUGAAAGUGACAGCUUGCAAAACGAUGAUGCAAUUCUGAUUUAUUUUACAGGAGUCUCUAUUUCAAAGCAAUAUAUUAAUGGUUAUACAGAAAAUUAUUUGGCUCUUUACGACACUGAUCCUGACAAUUUGAUUAACACAGCUAUUUCUCAUCAAUCCUUUGUGAACUUCCACCAUAGAUUAAGCGCCAAGCACAUUUUAUUCGUGUUUGAUACUUUCUACAAUGGUAUAAUGAUGAAGGUCGUCAACGAUGGCCAUCCAUCUAAAGACAUGAAGUAUUAUGCUACCAACAAGGCAGUCCAAAUGAUUUGUGCUUCUCAGAGACAAACCGGUAUGAGACCAGGAAUUUUUAGCAAGGAACUCGUCAAUCUGUUAACAACCAUGAAAUGGGGCAAUGACGGUAUUAAGAGUGGACACUUGACUCUCACUCCAUUCUACACAACAAGCGACCUUGGAAAACAACUUCAGCAACGAGUACACAAGGAAACAAACGGAGUGCAAGUUCCUCGCUUUGGUGACAUUGAGCUUGGAGGAGGCAACUUUUUGUUUAUUCCUAAGAGUUAUGAAAAGCAUAGUUACAAUUCAGAGCUCGAAAGAAUUGUUUCUCUACUUUCUCUUUACGAGGACUAUAUUCAAAACAUGAAUUUGGGAGACAUGAGCAAGCAUGAAUCUUUGAUGUCUUUACUCAAACUUAAAUUUUUCCAAAUCUCAAAUUACUACUUGCAAACAUUUGACACAUUAAUCAAGGAAGAAAAGAUUCAACUACGAUCUGAUAUUUAUGCAAGCCAAAAAUUGAACCUUACUGAAAUUAUUAAGACCGUUCGAUACAGUUAUUUAGCACUUUAUCGAUGGGCUGACGAUUGGAUUUUACACGAUCCAUAUCAUUUGGCAGAUGCCAAUAAGAAACUAUUGGAUUCCAAUCCAAGUGCGGUCGUGAAAAGAAUUUUCGUUGUUGGUCUUCCGAACAUGUCAGAACACGAUGAAAAACAAUACAUUAAGCUGAUGAAAUACCAUCACAGCUGUGGCAUUGAGGUUCGAGUGGUUCAUCAUAAGGAUUUAGAUGAUCGAAAAGAAAUCCCACACAAUUUUUCCAUUUUAGAUUCCAGACUUGCUCACUAUCUCUCUUUCGAGGAUGACUAUCCAAAGUCUGUCAUUAUUUUCAACAGAAAGUCUGUUGCUGACUUGUAUUACUCAAAGUGGGUUUAUGUUUAUAAUCGAUCAAUUCCAUUCAGCACAUACCUUUCGGAGAAAUAUCCAAAUAAGAUUGCUGAAGAUGCUCAAACUGAAGUGGGACCCAUUCAAUGCCAUAGCGGAUGUAAUUUGGAUCAUGCAUCAGCACAAGUCUCUGCUCCAAGUUCAGAGCAAGACAAAAACAUGAGUUUGACUGACCCUCUCUUGUCAUUUGAUAUUCAUGAGAAUAUUGAAACGUUACAAAUUUGUUUGGAUCCAUUGUUGCAGGGAUUCAAGAAGAAAUUCCUUGAAAUGAUCAAUACGCCAAAGGAUAAGCAUGCUCGUCAUUGUGGAAAAUGCUUGUUAUUGCAAAAAUUUCAUUCCAUUAGCAUGCAUUAUGAAAAUCAAAUCACGACCUUUUUCUCAAAGGGUGAAAUUGUCGUCCAUGCGAACUUUUAUGACACCAUGAGACUUCGUUUGCAUGACAUUCAAGAAUAUGCUGAGCGCAGUUAUGUUGGCGUCAUUCCAAUCCAUGCAUGGAGAGCAAGUAAUAGAGCGACUCAAUCACCUUAUUUCACACAUGAGAGUGUCUUGGAAAUUGCUGACAUGAACAAGAGAUUACGAGAGAGGAUUUCGAAUAUUGUUCUUCAAAGUGUGUUUGUUUUUUACAAGGGUUUAUUUGGACAGAAUGGUGAAUUUUCUUCCGAUUCGUUAAAUGAAAAUGGCGUGACUAAGAGUACCAUUAUUGCUGGAUUGAAAUAUCAUAGAGAUUGUGGUAUUGAAGUGUUGGUGGCAUUGUUAGAUCAUGCCGAUCAAGUGAAGGAGGUAGUUCCAGGUAAUUUCUGUAUUAUUGAUGGAAAAGUGUGUGGCUCAACCAUACUCUCCAGUGAACCAUCAAAAUGCUCUGGAACUCAUUCAUACUAUGUCAACUCGAUCGAAGGAGGAGAGGAGAAUGUCAAGCAAAAGAAGGAACUUGUAGAAUUCCUCAAAUCUAAUGCCAUGCCAUUGGAAGAAUUUUUGACCAUUCACGACGAUACAUUAUCCUCUGAGGCUGUUAAGGCCAUUGUUGAAGAUAGCAAGUAA